AUGUUGGCGCAAAGCUGUUGCCUUCGACUGCUGAUCCUCCUCCUUCUGUUCACAUCAAUCUGCAGCGUCCCGAAAAAAUCCCUCAAAUACUUCAGGAACCGAAAAUUGCGAGAGAGAAGAAUCAAAUUGUUCGGCACCAAGAAGACAGAGAUUCAAUCACUCUUGAUAAGUACGUGGAACUAUACGGAUGCCAAUUUGCAGGCAUGGAGUGUGUUGCAGCAAGGACAUCGAAGGACUCGUCAGGCGGUGAUUCAGGGAUGCAUGGCCUGCCAGAACCAGCGAUGUGGACUCCUUCUGGCCGGAAGAUCCUCUCCAGAUACGGAGGGAGCACUCACCCUGGAGGCAGCCAUUAUGGAUGGAGAAAGCUUGGAAUACGGUGCAGUGGCUGGGAUGGAUGGAGUUCGGAAUGCCAUUCUAGUAGCCGAUGCAGUUCUGAAAUACACAAAACAUUCCGUUCUGGUUGGGAAAAGUGCAACAAAAUUUGCCAGAUCUUUGGGUUACAAAGAGGAGUACCUCACGGAUGCGAGAACGAAAAAUGUCUUGAAAAAGUGGAGUUCAAACGGCUGUCAGCCGAAUUUCUGGCGAGAUGUACAUCCUUCGCCGGCGGAAAACUGUGGACCAUAUUCACCCCUACCCGAGCACUUGCAUCAGCAUCCGAUGCACCAGGAAUAUGCCAUCACACAAGGUCAACACGAUCAGCUGGCCUUCUUGGCCCUGGAUGCGGAGGGUAAAUUCCAUGUGGCCAGCCAAUCGAGUGGCGCCCAAUUCCGGAUUCCCGGUCGAGUGGGUGAUUCGGCGGUGCCUGGUGCCGGGAUUUAUGCGGAUAAUGAAGUGGGCGGUGCGGUGGCCAGUGGCGAUGGCGAUGUCCUGAUGCGCCACCUGCCCGCCUUCCUGGCCGUCGAAGCAAUGCGAGCGGGAAAGGAUCCAGACCAGGCAGCCGAGUGGGUGGUGCAACGCCUGCUGAGGCACAAUACGGAAUUCAAUGGAGCCGUGGUGGUGGUCAACCGACGGGGCAUCUAUGCCGCCGCCUGUGCAGGACUCGACGAGUUUAAUUUCGUAGUCAGUGGGGGCAAGGAAUACCUCAGCAUGGCGCGGGUGGAGCGGGUCAAGUGCUUGGAGCGGGAGAAUGAAGUCAUAGAUGGUGGACCCAAAGGACUGUUCCCCACCAUUCCCGAAAAGCAAGAGGUUCCAUGA